AUGCGCGCCUACGCUACUGCUUACGUUGAGUCAUGCACUCACUGUCGAGCGUCAAAGUCCCUUAACCAGAAGCCUGCCGGCCUUCUUCAACAGUUGCUCAUCCCUUCUCGUCGAUGGGCGCACGUGAGUCUUGACUUUAUCACAGAUCUUCCCCUUACAACGACAGGGCACGACUCGAUUCUCGUGAUGGUCGACUCCCUCAGCAAGACGGCUCAUUUCAUUCCGGCAAAGAAGUCAUUCACAGCAGCAGACACCGUGGAGCUUCUCGCAGAUCGUCUUAUCCGCCACCACGGAUUUCCAGAGGUCCUCAUGUUGGACCGGGACUUCCGCUUCCAGUCAGAUCUUUAG